GAAAUCAUAUUCAAAAUAAGGUUCACCAGUUCACCACAACGCCGCACAGCCACAUCUCUCACUCUGAUUCGCUCAGUACCGCUUUAAAUUUGCUACUCUACAAAGCAAAAAUGAAGCUGACCAUCCGCAUGCUGGACCAGCGCACUAUUAAGCUGGAGAUGAACGACUCACAGGACGUGCAGGCUCUGAAGCAGCGCCUGGGCAGCCUGCCCGAGGUGUCCAUGCCCGUGGAGAGCCUACAGCUGAUCUACAGUGGCCGGAUCAUGGAGGAUGCAAUGCCCCUCAGCGAAUAUCGCAUAGCAGAGGACAAGUUCAUCGUGCUGAUGGGUAAGAAGAGUGUCCAGGUGAAGCCGCCAGAGGAGCCGGUUCCGCCCACACUGGCUCUAGCUGCGGGGCCCAGUGCGACGCGCCCAGAGCCGGUGACUCCCUCGGUCUCUCCCGAUGAGCAGCGGGUGCGCGAUCUCAUGGCCAUGGGCUAUGGCGAGCAGGAGGUGCGCUCUGCCCUUCGGGCCAGCUUCAAUCACCCGGAACGUGCCAUAGAGUAUCUGAUCACUGGAAUUCCUCAAGAGGCCGCAGCGGAACAGAAUCUUGCUGCUCCUCCCAGCGGGGAGGCAGCUGAAGGACUGCAGCAACUAGUGGCGGAUCCUCGCGUCGCCCGAGUGCGUGAAAUGAUACGUGAGAAUCCCGAGGUGCUGCAACUCAUCCUGGCCAGACUGGCUGAAACCGAUCCGGCUGCCUUCGAGGCCGUUCAGAACCAUCAGGAGGAGUUCGCGGCCCUGCUAACAGGUGGUGACAGUGCCAGCAGUGAUGACUCCCAGGCGGGAGCCACGGUGCAAGUCUCCCUGACCACCGAAGAGGCUGCCGCCGUCGAGCGGCUGGAGGCACUGGGCUUUCAGCGCGUGAUGGCUGUGCAGGCUUACCUGGCCUGCGACAAGGAUGAGCAGCUGGCCGCCGAGAUACUGUUCCGCCAGUCGGAGGAGGAGGAUCGGGAUGAAUAAAGCGAGUGGGCGCACGUAAAUGCAGCCAGAACAU